CAUCCACACCAUGAGUGAUGACUAUAACGAUAACUAUAUUCGCGUCCACACCAUGUGCUAUAACUAUAACUAUAUUCGCGUCCACACCACGAGUGAUGACUAUAACGAUAACUAUUUUCACGUCCACACCAUGAACAGUAACUAUAACUAUAACUAUAUUCGCGUCCACACCAUGUGCGAUAACUAUAACUAUAUUAGCAUCCACACCAUGAGUGAUGACUAUAACGAUAACUAUUUUCACGUCCACACCAUGAACAGUAACUAUAACUAUAACUAUAUUCGCGUCCACACCAUGUGCGAUAACUAUAACUAUAUUAGCGUCCACACCAUGAACAAUAACUAUAACUAUAUUCCCGUCCACACCAUGUGCGAUAACUAUAACUAUAUUAGCAUCCAUACCACGAUGAUGACCAUAACGAUAACUAUUUUCACGUCCACACCAUGAACAAUAACUAUACGAUAACUAUAACUAUAUUAGCAUCCACGCCAUGUGCGAUAACUAUAACUAUAUUAGCAUCCACGCCAUGUGC